AUGGUGCAUCCCAACAACAUUGUCAGAGAUGUUGUAGAUGUUCUAGAGGAGGUCAACGAAGAUGCUAAGCCAAAAGAGGUGAAUGACGAUGUUAAAACAAUUGUCGUAGCGAUAGAUGUUCGACAAGAAUUUAUAAUUGAAAUGAAUUUCACUUCUCGUCAACAUUUGAUUGAGUGGAUCCGAAUUGAAGCUAGUAAACUUGGAUUUGCCGUUGUGAUAGCAAGGCCCAGAAAUGGCAAUAGUAUAAGACAAGCAUUUGUUGUGAUGAAACGCGAAAGGUGUGGGAAAUAUGUUCCAAAAAUUCGGAAGUUAAAACAUGAUACGGGGUCGAGAAAAUGUGUGCGUCCGUUUAAGUUGCGCGUAUCUUUUAGCGUUGAUAGUUUGUGGCGUUUUAGUGUCGUUUGCGGACUUCAUAAUCAUGCAUUAGACACCAAGCUACAAGGGCGUCCAGUUGUGUGUUGGCUUAAUCCCUAA